GUAAAAAGAAGUAGAAGAAGAAGAAGCCUGAUCAUGCGAAUAUUUCCAGAAUGGGUACCCAAGUGAAAGAUGUCAUCAUUAAGCCUGACGCCCCUAGCACACUGCUGCUGGACAAACAUGCAGACUACAUCGCUGCCUACGGCUCCAAAAAGGAUGACUAUGAGUACACGCUGUCAGAGUACCUGAGGAUGAGCGGCAUCUACUGGGGGCUGACGGUGAUGGACCUGAUGGGGCAGCUGCCCCGGAUGAAUCGACAGGAGAUCAUAGACUUCAUCAAAGCCUGUCAGCACGAGUGUGGAGGCAUCAGCGCCAGCAUUGGACAUGACCCCCACCUGCUCUACACCCUCAGCGCCGUCCAGAUCCUGUGCUUGUAUGACAGUGUGGAUGCGAUUGAUGUGGACAAAGUGAUGGAAUACGUCAAAGGCCUGCAGCAGGAAGACGGCUCAUUUGCAGGAGACAAAUGGGGAGAAAUAGACACAAGAUUUUCCUUCUGUGCUGUUGCUACACUUGCAUUACUGGGCAAGAUGGACACGAUAAACGUUGACAAAGCUGUUGAGUUCGUCUUGUCCUGUAUGAACUUUGACGGAGGUUUUGGCUGCAGACCGGGUUCAGAGUCUCAUGCUGGUCAGAUUUACUGCUGCUCUGGCUUCCUGUCGCUCACCGGCCAGCUGCACCAGGUGAACGCUGACCUGCUGGGCUGGUGGCUCUGCGAGAGGCAGCUGCCGUCCGGAGGUCUCAACGGACGACCGGAGAAGCUUCCAGAUGUGUGCUACUCGUGGUGGGUUCUGGCGUCGCUGAAAAUCAUCGGCAGGAUCCACUGGAUCGACAAAGCCAAGCUGCGAUCGUUUAUUCUGGCCUGUCAAGACGAGGAGACCGGAGGUUUUGCAGACAGACCGGGAGACAUGGUUGAUCCUUUCCACACUCUGUUCGGAGUUGCAGGUCUCUCCCUUCUCGGAGACGAACAGAUCAAGCCGGUGAAUCCUGUUCUGUGCAUGCCCGAGGACGUCCUGCAGAGGAUCAACCUGCAGCCUGACCUCCUCAGCUAGCCCAGUGACACCAUCAUCCCACCACACACACCCUCACACACAGCUGCCCUGCUGAACACCCCAGGUACCUCAGCUGGAUGUCGGGAGCAGAGAGAGGACCACCAUACAUCUUAGUGUUAGCUGAAGUCUACAGACACAUUUUAGAAGCAGGUUUGGGUCUCCACUCACAAAGGACAAAAAGAGUUGCACAGUUUGACUUGAUUCCCCUGCAUCUGUCUUUAAAACUUUGUGUUUGUUCAUUUCACUGCGAGAGAACGGUUUGGGAAAUAAACGUCUUGAAGUGUGAGCACCUUUGCUAAAGCCCAGAAAUCAUUUAACAACAUUCCUUAGCUUUUUUGACUUACAAUGUCAGUUUGUUUAAGGGAAAACGCGACCGUCAGCUAACUGUUGUCGCAGUCAGGUUUGUAUCUCCGUCUUGCAGAGACGGAGGGCAGAGGCUUGGCUCUGCUUUUUAACGUGCAUUACCUGAACGAUAAAGGAAUUUACUGUUUGACUUGACAGAUUUGUGCAUUUGAAAACAGAUUAUGUGUGGAGCAGACACGCAUGAGAGGGUUUGCUCUGUGAUUUUAAUUGGUUUUGGGGACACUUGACUGGUUUAAAAACACCACAUCUUUGUUUUGUUAUUUUGUUGGAGGCUUUUUCACGCACCUUCUGUUUCAAACAAAAUCCGUAUUUAAAAAGUGAAAGCAUGUGAAGGGCAAACUAUCCUUGUCCUGUUUACACUACAGCAGUCGUACUCAUAGGUCUCACAACUGGAGAUGCAACACACGAUUUGUUGCAAGCAAAUAUAGUUUUAUUAAAAUAACUUCAGUUUAUAUCAGAAGAGAUAUAAAGUGUUUUUGGCAGGAAUUCCAGGAAGGGGCAGUGUUUCUUUUGUGACACCCAGAGGUGAAACACAUGGCAGCACCGUCGUCUCUUGCCAACUAUUCAACGUCUUAUCCACACUCUCAGCUAUACGAUUUAUUUAAAUCCAAGUUACUCAGCUCAGCUUUGUAAUGCAGCUGUGGGCAGAGGGUUUAGACUUGCCUCCAAACUGUUUGUAAAAUCAUGACAUGUUUCCAGUCUUACACUUUGCCUUGAUUCUUGAGUCUUUUUAUGUGAACUAAUUUGGUUAAAACUCCUGUUUUGCUUUGAUCUUUCGGUUGCUGCAGUCUUAGUCUAACUGAAUGCACAUUUUAUCUGUUGUUAGAUAAUUGUUCAGUGUUGACAUUGUUACAGAAGGAUGGACUGAUAACUAAUAUUGUUGUACAAAACAAAAGCCAAUAUUCAGUUGCUUGAAUA